AGGCAAGAACAAAAUAAAUAAAUACUGAAAAUAAGAGUAAUCGUGCCGUCACGACGUGCUGCAGAGGCGGCGCCGCCGCGUUAUUUCAGACGCUGGGUUAGAGAGCGCUGUCGUUGUUUACAUUGUUGUUGUUUACAUGGCUGUUGUUUACAUGGCUGUUGUUUACUGGAGUUAUCUGCAGCGAAGCCGGUUAAGUGCGUGUUUUAUCUAAAGAGAAGCCGCGUUUAAAUCGCGAAUGAGCGGCGGUGUGUGUGUGUUUCUAUCUAAGCCGCGGGGGCCUGUCGAAGCGCUUUGUUUUUGGCUGUAAACAAUCUCACAUCGCCCUUAUUUCUCUAACAGCCUGUUACCGUGUCGUCUUGCCUCUGCAGCUGUAUAUAUUAUAUAUUAUAUAUUAUAUUAUACACACACACACGCACAGAGAGAGUGAGAGGCAGUAACCGCAUCGAGAAUGAGCGCGGUGGACGUGAGGAAGCUGAAGGUGCAUGAGCUGAAGGAAGAGCUGCAGGCCCGGGGGCUGGAGGCCCGCGGUCUCAAAGCAGACCUCGCCGAGCGGCUGCAGGCUGCACUCGACUCCGAAGCCUUGGGAGUCGCGGUAGCAGCGCCGCCGCCGCCGCCGGGGGUCGUGCUCGGCGAAGGAUACGCCGGAGAGGGUGAUGCUGAAGACGAUGAGAAGGAGCAGGACCAAGUCUUGGGGAUGGAGGCAGGAGACAGCCUAGCUGAUCAAGACCAGGGGUUCAGCGAGCUGUCUGCAGACGGGCUGGACGAUACUUCGGUCAAGGAGGAGAUCAAGCCCCCCGCAGAGGGGGCCGAACAGCAGCAGGAACCCCUGGAAGAAGACCCCCACCCGGAAGUGAAGACUGAGGUGAAAGAGGAGGAGCUGGAGUCUGGUCCGGUCACUGCAGAACCAGGUCAUGACGGGUCGGCGGAGCCCAAACAGGAGGAGGGGAGGGAACGCUUGCCUCAGCAGCACCAGAGCCGCAAGAGACCCUACGAGGAGGGCCGGGGCCGCGGCUACUACGAGCACCGCGAGGAUAAAAGGUCCAGAUCUCCACAGCCUCCUGCAGAAGACGAUGAAGAGGAUUUCGAUGACACUCUUGUGGCCAUUGACACCUAUAACUGUGACCUGCACUUCAAGGUAGCGCGCGACCGCUACAGCGGCUAUCCAUUGACCAUCGAGGGCUUCGCUUACCUGUGGUCGGGCGCUCGAGUCUCCUAUGGUGUCAGCAAAGGCAAAGUCUGCUUCGAGAUGAAGAUCAAUGAGGAGAUCUCUGUGAAGCACCUUCCUUCCAGCGAGCCAGACCCACAUGUGGUGAGAGUUGGGUGGUCGCUGGACUCCUGCAGCACUCAGCUUGGAGAGGAGGAGUUCUCUUACGGAUACGGGGGUACUGGGAAGAAAUCCACCAACUGCAAAUUCGAGGAUUUCGGGGAGAAGUUCAGAGAGAACGAUGUCAUCGGCUGUUUCAUUGAUUUUGAGGCCGGCGAGGAGGUGGAGAUGGCUUACUCCAAGAACGGCGAGUGGCUGGGUGUGGGGUUCAGGGUGAGCAAGGAAGAACUGGCGGACCGCGCCCUCUUCCCCCACGUCCUGGUCAAGAACUGUGCCAUCGAGUUUAACUUCGGCCAGAAAGAGGAGCCCUACUUCCCUGUCCCCGAGGGGUACACCCUGGUGCAGAGCGUGCCACUGGAGGACCGGGUUCGGGGCACCGUGGGGCCCGCCUCCAAGGCAGAGUGCGAGAUCCUGAUGAUGGUGGGCCUGCCCGCGUCUGGAAAGACAACCUGGGCUGAGAAGCACGCUGCCGAGAACCCAACGAAGAAAUUCAACAUCCUGGGUACCAACGCCAUCAUGGAGAAGAUGAAGGUGAUGGGUCUUCGUCGACAGCGUAACUACGCUGGCCGCUGGGACGUGCUGAUCCAGCAGGCGACGCAGUGCUUGAACCGCCUGAUCCAAAUCGCAGCGCGCAAGAAACGCAACUACAUCCUGGAUCAGACAAAUGUUUAUGGAUCAGCCCAGAGACGAAAAAUGCGUCCUUUUGAAGGUUUUCAACGCAAGGCUAUUGUAAUUUGUCCCACGGAUGAGGAUUUAAAAGAGCGAACGUUAAAGCGCACUGAUGAGGAGGGAAAGGAUGUGCCUGAUCAUGCUGUGUUAGAAAUGAAAGCUAACUUCGCUCUCCCGGAGUGCGGCGAGGUUCUGGACAGCGUGACAUACGUGGAGCUGGAGAAGGAGGAGGCGGAGAAGCUGGUGAAGCAGUACAACGAGGAGGGGAAGAAGGCAGGGCCACCCCCGGAGAAGAGGUUCGACGGGCGCUCCGGAGGGUUCCGGGGUCGAGGAGGAGGGGGCUUCCAGAGAUAUGACAACCGUGGGGGACCCCACGGGGGACGAGGGGGCUACCAGAGCAGAGGGGGUUACAGAGGAGGCUAUAACCGCGGAGGCGGCUACAAUCACAACCGCUGGGGCAGUAACAGAGAAGGGGGCUCAGGAGGUCGGGGCGGAUACAACCGGAACCAGCAGCACAUGGGGGGGUACAACCGCAAUUCCAACUACAACAAGGGCGGAGGAGGAGGAGCCUCUGGGGGUUACAACCAGGCUCAGGCAUACAACCAAGGCUACAACCACGGCAACUACAGCCAGGGCUACAACUACAGCAACUACCCGGGCUACAGCCAGCCAGCUGCCACCACCGGGCAGAGCUACAGCCAGCAGCAGCCCACAGCGCAGCCCACAGUGCAGCAGCAGCAGAGCUACAACCAGCAAUACCAGCAGUAUGCCCAGCAGUGGAGCCAGUAUUACCAGAACCAGAGCCAGUGGAACCAGUACUACAGCAAUUAUCCGAACUACGGGAACUACUCGGGCAGCACAGGGACCGGGUCGGGCUCCCAGUAACCAUCGACCUGCAGGGGUUCACUAUCCGGGAGUGAGGAGCGAGAAAUCAAACUGGCUGCCCCCUUUUUUUUUUUUUUUUCUUUGCCCCCUUCUCUCUCUCCCCCCUUCCCCUCUUCCCCUGAGGGGGGGAGGGAUUGGUGCGUGUGUUUAAGGUGUUGUAAUAAACCAGUUUUUGUUUCUUUGUUACUUUUUGUUUGUUUUAAGAUGCAGUCAAAACCUGUACUUUUUUUAAAUUUGACCAACAAGCCUCAAACAACCUGCUCAAUAAAAUAAUAAUGCAAUA